AUGCCCAGCCGAGCAGCGAAGGCCACCAUCUCUGGCCGCUUGACAUGGCAGACACCAGUAAUGGCACAAAGACGCAGCUUCAGCACUCGGCCUCUCCAAGCCAGCAGCGCACAAGCAGCACAAACGCCCACGAACGACGCCGAAGCAAGCCUCAUGACCGGGUCACCGAUCACCUCCACCACCGGCACCACCCCCGCCAGCACCGCCAGCACCGAAAGCGGCGUCCUCUACGCCAACAUCACCGACACGCCGCCGCGCAUCGUCGGCAGCCAGGGCAUGUACCUGUACACGGAGGACGGGCGGGAGAUCCUGGACGCCACGGGCGGCGCGGCCGUCGUGUCGAUCGGGCACAACCACCCGCGCGUCAAGUCAGCCAUCAUGCGCCAACUCGACCAGGUCGCGUAUUCCUGGGCGCCGCUGUUCACGACGCACGCGGCCGAGAAGCUGGCCGACGUGCUCGUCGAGUCCACCGGCGGACAUAUGUCCAAGGUUUUUGUCGUGAGUUCUGGGACGGAAGCUGUCGAGGCUGCGUUGAAGAUCGCACGACAAUAUUUCCUCGAGCUUCCCGAGAAGCAGCCGAAGCGAACUCGUUUCAUUGCCCGUCGGCAGUCGUACCAUGGGAAUACCUUGGGGUCCUUAUCUGUUGGCGGACAUGUUGCCCGGAAGCAGAUUUACAACCCUAUCCUCAGCACCAACACUUCACACGUUUCUCCCUGUUACGCGUACAGGGGCAAGAAAGAUGCCGAGACUGAUGAGGAGUAUGUGUCGAGACUGGCCCAGGAAAUUGAUGAUGAGUUUCAAGCGGUCGGUCCGGACACGGUGUGUGCGUUUAUUGCGGAGACAGUGGCUGGCACAACUCUUGGUUCGGUACCCGCGACACCCGGAUACUUCCAAGCCAUGAAGGAAGUCUGCGACAGGCACGGCGCGCUGUUCAUUCUUGACGAAGUCAUGUCCGGGAUGGGUCGAACUGGCACCCUGCACGCCUGGGAGCAGGAGGGGGUCAUUCCCGACCUGCAAACAGUUGCCAAGGGGCUCGGUGCAGGAUAUGCGUCAGUCGGAGCCCUGCUCAUCAACAAGCGAGUCGUGGAAUCCCUCAGACAAGGUACCGGCAUCUUUUCGCACAGCCAGACUUACCAAGCCCACCCGGUCGCCUGUGCAGCUGCCCUCGAGGUGCAGCAGGUGAUUCGAGACGAGAAUCUGCUGCAGAAUGCUCGUGAGAUGGGUGCCUACCUGGAGAAGACCUUGAAGGAGCGCAUUGGCUAUCAUAAGAAUGUCGGAGACAUCCGGGGACGUGGGCUCUUCUGGGGUGUCGAAUUCGUUUCCGACAAGCCAACGAAAGAACCAUUCCCCGCCGAGCGGAAGAUCGGACCACUGUUGUCCAAAACUGCAGUGGCUCAGUACUCGCUCAGUCUGAUACCCAUGACAGGAAUGGCGGAUGGCUUUAGUGGUGAUGGUGUUCAGCUCGCGCCGCCAUAUAAUGUCACAAGAGCCCAAAUUGACACACUUGUCGACAGGUUGGAUAAGGUCAUCAGGCAGGUCUUGGACUGA